GUCCUCCCAAGCCAAUUCCUCCACCCUUGCUCGCUCAGCCAUGACUUCCCCUCUCCCUCACACGCUUCUCACAGCUCCUCGCCUCGCCUCUCCACCCACCUCGAGUUCUCCCGCUCCUCCUGCCGCACCUCUGUAACGGCCGCGAAUUGUACGCUUUCCCACUCUCGCUCCUGCUCUCCCUCCAACCUUCGCGCUCAUCCUGCUUACCCGCCCUUCCCGCGCCCUCGCCAUCCCCUCUCCCCUCCGCCUCUGUCUCCCUCGCUCGGAAGUUCGUGACCCGCUGCAAGCGCGGAAGCCGCCACCUCUCCGCGUUCUGCGCGCGAGGCGGCGCCAGCCAUCGACGCGCGCCGCAUGGCUUCCAUCGGAGCUGAUCACCUGCGGUUCGCGUCGUGACCAUGGCGAAAGACACCUGCGAAUUCGCGGAAUCGCCUGCUCCACGGUAAUCAUGGCUCGCGAGCUGCCGGUGCUGACGAGCAAAGCGCAGAUCGACGCGUUCCUGUGGAACACGGUGGACGCCGUGCUCGUGCUGCGAUUCGGCCGCGCGCACGACCCGCACUGCAUGCAGCUCGAUGACGUGCUGGCAAGGGCAGCAGUAGACGUGAGUCGGUUCGCGCGCAUCGCUCUGGUGGACGCGGAGGCGGGCGGCGCGGCGGUGUACGUGGAGUACCUGGACGUGCGGGUCAUGCCGGCGUGCGUGUUCUUCUUCAACGCCACGCACAUCAAGAUGGACGCCGGCACGGCGGACCACAGCAAGUGGGUGGGGCCGUUCGCCAGCAAGCAGGACUUCAUCGACGUGGUGGAGACCAUCUACAGGGGCGCCAUGAGGGGCAAGCUCAUAGUGACGUGCCCGCUGCCCAGGGACCGCAUCCCCCACUACGAGCUGCUCUACCACAGCUUCUAGCCCGCCGUGCACUCGGAGUUUCCAUGCCGGUAUCCACUCCUAGGACUAUAUGAGGGCUUUGGGUGUCAACAAAUAUAAUCAUCUAGGCUAGGUAGUUUAUAUUUGUUAUAGCCUUAGUUAGGUCAGUUCUUCGAGGGUACAGUCUUAUCUUUGUAACCCUCGACAUUUUUCCCUAGUCCACUCUUCUCUCUACAUCCUAACAUGGCAUCUAGAGCUUCGGCCCCCAGUAGCCGGCCACCAGCCGCCAGCACCAGUCGCCAGCCGCCAGAGGCCGACCGCCGACCCCCAGCCGUCAGCCGCCAGCUUCCACCACUCGCAGCCAGCCGCCGACCACCAGCCGCCAGCGGCAGUCGGCCGCCAGCGGCCAGUCGCCUUUCGGCCGCCAGCCCCGUGUAACACGAACUGCUUUGUCAGAGACGGCGGGCAUCGGCUGUUGCUGGCGGUCGCGUUCGUAACUGAGACGAACUUCGCAAACAUCAUCCUGGUCAGCAUCUGCAAGAGGAAUGAAUUCAGGUAUGC